AUGUCUUUUGAAACAAGUUUUCCCGAUGAAAUAAUUCUUGAAAUAUGUGGUUAUUUACAUUCAACUGAUGUUCUUUUAUCAUUUGCUGGUCUUAAUCAUCGAUUAAAUCGAACUAUUAGUGAUUUUAUUCAACAUAUUCAUAUAGCAUCAAUGAUCUCAUAUAAACGUUAUCUUUCUCUUCUUCAAAUUACUCUUCCAUCAAUUUGGUCAUCAAUACAAUCAUUAACAAUAGACAAUUCUCAAAUACCUUGUUUAACAACACUAUUUUUAAAUAAUACACAAGACAUUUUACCACCGAAUUUAAAAAGAUUAAGUUUAUAUCAUUUAAAUACAUAUGAAAUUUAUACUUUUAUUAAUCGAUUGAUGAAUAAAUGUAUCGUCGGAGAAUUAAUUAUCGAAUGUUUAGAUACUGAUUAUACUUAUCAACAAGAAUUAUAUGGAUAUAAAAUAGCACAAAUGCUUUUUUAUCAUCAUCCAACAUUAAAAACAAUUGAAUUACGUGGUGCAAUUAUAUUUGAUUUAAGUCAUUUAUCAUUUUUAUCGUUAUCAAAUACUGAUGAAUCAAAUUUAACAAGUAUUAGUAAUACGGAUUUUUCAUCUGUACUUCGACGUUUAACAAUUCCACUUCGAUCAUUAAGUAGUUUACAUCUACUUCUUAUAUAUCAACCAUAUCUUGAAUAUUUAAAUGUACAUAUUGAUGAUGCUUAUUCAACAUAUGAUUAUUCAAUAAAACCAUUUCCACCAUUAUUAAAUCUUCGUGAAUUUUAUUUUCAUUCUGAAGAUUUAGCAAUUAAAUUUGAUACUAUUACAGAACUUUUAAAAUAUUUUCCAAAUUUAAAAUCACUUUCACUUGAUAUAACAACUGAAUGUCGAAGAUUUUUUGAUGGUGAUAUUUUACAAACACUUGUUUAUUCACUUGAUUCAUUUCAAUUUUCAAUUAUAAGUUGUUUUCGACCAACAUUAGAAGAACGAACAUUAUCAACAUUUUAUACAUCAUUUUGGUUAGAAACAAAAAAAUGGUAUACACAAUGUUAUUGGCAUAUCGAUGACGAACAUUUAAAUUCAGAUUAUUUUCAUAUUUAUUCAGUACCAUUUCCAUUUGUAAAUUUUGAUGUUUAUAAAUGUACAAAUGAAAAUCUUUUAACAAACGAGAAAUUAAGAAUAUUUUCAAAAGUGAAACAAUUAGAUUUAAGUGAAACAAGUGAUAUUAAUGUGAUACCUUUUCUAAAACGUUGUCCAAAUAUUCAUACAAUUUCUUUAAAUAAUAUUUAUGAUGAUGAAGAAAACUAUGGAACCGAUGAGGAAGAAGAUAUUAUGGAUCAAACUGAUGAUAAUAACUUAGAUGAUAAUGUACAAAUAAUUAAUUCAUAUGAAUCAUCGUUACCGAUAUUACGUCAUGUAUCUUGUAUAAGUUUACUUGCUCUUCCAGAUCAUGAUCUCGGAUUUUUUGAACGUAUUGUACAUGUUACACCAAAUCUUAAACAAUUAAUGUUAUAUUUUGAAGAUUUACUUGAAAUAAUACGUAUUCCUCAACGAACUCUAUGUCAGAUACUUCAAAAAUGUAUAUCUCAACUUGAAAUUAAUCUUGAUUAUGUAUGGACAGUCUCGGAUAUUCGUCGAGAUAUUCCAAAAAUACUUCGUGUUUUUUCUAAUAUUAAAUCAUUGUCAAUAUCACUUCAUCCAGAUCAAAAACGUUUAUUAGCAAUAAUUAAUGAACUUCUAUUAUGCAUAUUCAAACAUCAAACAAAUCUUAUUUGUUUACAUAUUGAUAGUAGUUCAUCAAUCGAUUCGAAACAAAUGAAAAAACAAGGUGGAAUUGAAGUUAUUAAAACACAACUAAUACAAUCAUGUAAUACACAGCUGAAACAAAAUAAUUAUCAAGAGGAUUCAGUUCAUAUUGAAUUUCGUUCUUCAUCAAUUGUUGUUUGGUUAUGA